AUAUACAUUGUCAUUGAUUACAUAAUUCAUUAUUGUAAUUGCUAAAAACCGUGUACAUUUUAAAAAUAAUAUUACGCCCCAACACGAUAUAUCGAUCGAUCGUCAAGAUAUUUCAAUUCGAGAAUCGAUACGAUAAAAAGUUUAUUUCAAAUUAAAACCGCCGCGCCGCAUUCAGACAUCCCAACUGUUCAUUUUAGUUGUUCAUCACGAUCUUCGAUUUUUAUUAUUAAAAUGAUAUUUAUAACAAAUUUAAGUGUUUCUAGUUGAAAUCUAACGGCGACAAAAUCUUUCGUUAUGUGGUUUGUACUGUUGACUGUUUACAUCUUUGAAAUAUUGUGUAUCUUUGUAUUCGUAGUGUAUUGCGUAGUCGCGUUCCUUCUAGUAAUGGUAAGAAUAUUUUUCAUUCGUUGCAAUUGCGUAUACUUUGAACUAAUUAAUAAUAUUAUCGAUAAUACGACGAAGUAUCAAACUCGGACGGAGGAAUUAAGAAAAUGCGUCGUGUUUCAAAACGAAAACUUAGAAACGGAAUUCCCAGUCGAGGGUCACGAGAGUGUGGACGAUAAAUUGGAAGUGUUAACGGAAAAACUUACGGAGAAGGAACGUACGUUACAGCGAUCGCAUUGCGAAAUAAAAAAUGCGGAAAGGGUUCUGACCGAUUUGGAGAAGAAAACGUCGACUUGUCGAGACCGAUAUAGAUCGUUGAUGACCGAGUUGAAGAAGGAUGUUCAAAAAACGGAGGAAGAGGUGAAAAUGUUACAAAAUCAAAUUUCGAGUUUGUCUGUUCGACGAGAGGUCCUUAGGAACGAAGCAAUAAAGCAACAAGAGGAGUAUCAGAAAAUGCUGAACAAUUUUACCAAGGAGCUAGAAAACAAAAAUGCAUUGUUUUCUUCGAGCAGCGAAAAGUCAAGACAUCCUCGUUGUUGUUUUUCGUAUUAAAAGGCAAAAGAUUGGACGUUGUUCUAUCGAGGGUUGAGAUGGAUUGAACGAUCCAGGAGAUACUCGAUAUUUUCGAUCGAAUCGUAACUUUAUUAAAUAUUCAUAAUAUAUGUACAUACGAA